AUGGGCAAGGACGUCUUCGGCACCAUGCGCUACGGCUGCACUGUGCCGGGCUGUGCGUGCACCGACUACCUGUGCAAGAUCGACGCGAUGACGCACGACGAGCGCGUCGCGGUCGUCGUGCACCAUCCGCGCAACUCGCCGGAGUACGUGCAGUGCGUGUGCGGCCACCAGGUGACGCAGCACCGCGACUCGGCAGGGCCGCCGGCCGGCUUGCCGCCAGCGGCGGACGGCAGCGUGCCGUUGCGCAAGUGUGACAUCUGCAAGAAGAUGAAGGGUGUGUGCAGGGAGCCGAGCGUGCCCGGCCACCUGCCGUGGGCAGAGGCCUUCUGCGGCAAGUGCUUCACCAAGCCGAACGCCAAGGGCUGCAAGAAGAUGGACGAGGACGGGCACUGGACCACCGCCGCCGGUCUCAGUGCCGGAGCGCCGGCGCCCGAGGCUGCUGCCGCCGACGCCGCCGUGGCGGAAGGCACGGUGGCGUCCGUGCCGACAUUCGACCUCGGCGCCUUUACGCAUGGCUCGGAAGAGGAACGAGCUGUGCUGGCCGACGCGUGGGACGCCGCCUUCCGCGAGGUCGGCUUCUGCCUGCUGACCAACUACGAGCACAUUCUUCCGGAGCGCCUCAUCGAGCAGGUGCGCAGCGAGGCGGCAGACUUCUUUGCACUGCCGGCCGAGGACAAGCAGCGAGAGGCGUACGUCGACGGCACGACGGGGUACAUUGGGCCGGGCGGCGAGAACGUCGGUGCGAGCGCCGGCCAUCCGAGCGCGCAGCCCGACCUGGUCGAGUCGCUCAACCUGCCCGGCUACCAGGCGAGCGAGCUCACGAUCUCCCCUGUGACCUCCCCCCAUGCCCGGGUCGAGUCGCUCAGCCUGCCCCGCUGCCAGGAGGAGGGCGCCACGUGGGAGGCGCGCGCCGCGGCGGGCGAAGCCGGCGCGUGGCGUGCGCCCGCGUGGGCGGGUGCGCGGCUGCCGCGGGCGGAGGAGUACUGGGCGGCGUGCAGCGCGCUGAUGGUCGAGCUGCACGCGCUCUCGGAGCGCGCGCUCGCGCUGCCCGCCGGCUUCUUCGACGCGCCGUACGCGCGGCCCGGCGCGCUGCUGCGCCUCGCCUCGUACCCGCCGCUGCCGCCCGCCGAGCCCGCCGCCGAGCCCGCCGGCGAGCCCGCCGCCGAGGCCGCCAGAGAGGCCGCCGAGCCCGCCGGCGCGCUGCGCUACGGCGCGCACACCGACUUCGACGGCUUCACCAUCCUGCAGCGCGGCGGCGAGGACGACGGCGGCGCGCAGAGCGGCGGGCUCGAGAUCCAGCGCGGCGGGCCGAGCGGUGAGUGGAUGCGCGUGCCCGCGCCGCCGCGCACGCUCACGAUCAACAUCGGCGACCUGCUCGCGCGCUGGACCAACGACCGCUGGCGCGCCACCGUGCACCGCGUCGCGCCGCCCUCGCCGGGCGGCCCCGCGCGUGGCCGCGGGCGGCUCAGCCUCGUCUUCUUCUCCGGCCCGCACCCAGACACCGUCGUCGAGUGCCUGCCCUCGCCGAAGCUCGCCGGGCCGAAGCGCUAUGCACCGAUCACCGCGUACGCGCACGUCGAGGAGAAGAUGCGCGCCGCCACCGCCGCAGCCGCGCCCGCCGCCGAAGGCGAGGAUGCCACGCCUUUGAGCGUGCAGCCGUCGUCGCAUACCACACCUGCUUCGCCAGCGUGGGCGUCGACUGUUCCUCGCGGCGACAUUCGCGCUGUGAUCUCACUGCGAGGCUGCCGCGCCAACGUAUCUUCGACAUAUCAGCGCCAAACAUUUGCAGCGCUGGAGCCGAUCUGGACCGCGGCGCUAGCCAGUCGCUUCUUGCACGCCCUCGACCGGCAGCUCUGGUCGCGGCGAGCUGAGAUUGCACCGCCCGGCUGGACAUUUCUGGCCGUGCCGUGGAGCUUCUUGUUCGACCCGAACAUCCCGGCUGCUGUGCGGCCCAGCCAGAUCUUCGCGGCGCUGGACCGGCUGUGGCGCCAGCUGUCGUGGCGAACCGAGCGGCACUUCACGGUGAUGGUGCAGUCGCACCUCGAGCAGGCGCGCGCCACGAUGCAGCGCCGGCACUUCGAGCCGAUGGACUUCAGCCAGGUGGUCGUCUUCGACUCGCGGCUCACCGCUCUCGGGUCGAGCGCGCCUCGAAGCGAGAGGGCAGGCAGCGCCCGCGCCCGGAUCCCCGUGCCCCUUCUCCACGGGGCGCCGCUGCCUGGCUUGCGGCCGGCGGCGGCGCGAGCGGCGCCGGAGAAGCGAGGAGGGGUCCUCUUUUGGGCGGGCGGGUGCCACGCGCGCGUGCGCUGCGGCUUGCGAGCCGCCGUCGAGGCGUCGGGCGCUCCUGCGGCGGCGGUGCGCAGGUGCGGUGCGCGGGUGUCAGCGGAGGAGCUCUUGCGCCAGCUGCAGAACGCGACUUGGGCGCUGGCGCCGCGCGGCACGUACAACGCAAACUACAUGUGGGGCGAGGCGGUCGCUGCAGGCGCACUCCCCAUCUUCCUGUGGGGCCGGGAGGCUAAGUGCACCGGCACGACGGCGUGCGGCUGCCCUGCGAGCGGCGCCCCACACCCGUCGGCCCUGCCUGAGCGGUCGCUUGGAACCGCCUCGCGCGUGGCGGCACAGCCGGCGAGGCCGCCCCUCGCGGCGUACCUGCCGUAUUCGGACCUCGUCGACUGGGACAUGAUCGGCCUCAGCUUGUACAGCGACCAGGUCGUGCCGCAGCUCGGGGCGGCGGUGAGAGCUGUCAGUCCGCAGGAGCUGCGCGAUCGGCAGGCGCGCCUCGCGCAGGUCCGCCCGCUCUUUUCGACACACGGGCUCCUCGCCUACGUGCGCUGGCGCUUGUGCGCGUUUGCUAACGACGAUCGCGCCGCAGCGGCGAGCCGCGCCACUCACGGCACACGGCUCACGCAGCACGGUAAGCGGAGAGCUCGCUCCGCAAAAUAA